CAAUCUCAUUUUUAGUUCAAGAUUGUGCAAGAUAUAAACUUGGAAAGAAUCCACACGACUGAAUCCAACUAAAAUAUAAACUCAAAAUGUCAACUCCAACAACUAAACUAUGUGUAUUCUGUGGAUCAUCCUCUGGUAGUGAUCCCUCAUUUGUCAAUCAAGCCAAGAAAUUAGGCAAUGCCCUUGCUGAUAAACAAUGGGGAUUGGUUUAUGGAGGUGGAUCCACUGGAUUAAUGGGGGCAGUUGCUAAUGGAUGUGCCAGCAAACGUGGAUAUGUUCAUGGAAUCAUCCCAGAAGCAUUGAUUUCUCGUGAACGUACAGAAGUCAAGCCAGAGGAACAUAAUAUUGACAAUCAUAAUGGAUUAACUCCAAUUCCUGAUUCUAAAGAAUACGGUCAUACUACUUUGGUUAAAGACAUGCAUACUAGAAAAAGAUUAAUGGGACAAGAAGCUGAUGCAUUUGUGGCACUUCCUGGUGGAUACGGAACUUUAGAAGAAUUGAUGGAAGUGGUUACUUGGCAGCAAUUGAGUAUUCAUGACAAGCCAAUUGUUAUUUUUAACAUCAAUGGGUUUUUUGAUUCAUUUUUGAAGUUCAUCCAAGCUUCAAUUGAUUCUCAGUUUGUGUCCGUAAAGAAUGGUGAAAUCAUUAAGGUUGCCAAUACCGUGGAAGAAGUGAUUAAAGCUGUCGAAGAAUAUAAACUUCCUGAAGGAAGAUUCAACUUAAAGUGGGAUCACAACACUGGUGAUAAUGAAUUCUAUGAUAAAAUAUAGAGCAAUCAAAUCUAGUCAUUAUUAAUACUUAUAUACAAAAAUCUAUACAAAAAAAAAGGUCUAUAUAUCUAUCAUAUUUUAAUGUGGAUUGUAUUCAUCUUCAUUAUGGUCGUCAUGAACAUGGAACAAGUCUUCAAAUUCAUCAUCUGGGAUUUCAAUUUCCGAAAUAUACCCAGUAGCAACAUCAUACAUCAUACCCCAAACUUCAAUAGUACCAUUUUUUAAUGCUAAUGAAGCACUUGGGUGUCUCUUUAAAGCAGUAACUGAAGCAAUAACAUUCAAUUCAGCCAACUUUCUGGCUUUUUCUUUAGGCUCAUCAUUAUAUUGAUUUAAAAGUUGCAAAUUGGCAGCCCGUAUAUGUCUCACUGGGUUAAGCCAAAGAUCCAAAACACCACCAAUCUUCUUUCUUGAUAAUGAAGCCCAAAUACCACCACAGUCGGUAUGACCACAGACAAUAAUCUUCUUGACUUUCAAGACUUCAAUGGCAAAUUGUAUAACACCUUGACUACUGAUAUCAUUGGCAUUAACAAUAUUGGCAAUAUUUCUAUGAACAAAGAUUUCCCCUGGUAAAGUAGCUAAACAUUGAUCACCAGCACGAGAAUCAGAACAUCCAAUCCAUAAAGUAUGUGGAGAUUGACCUUUACCAUUCAAUUCAAAAACCAAAUCGCCGUGGUUAUGACGGAUAGAGUCAACGAAAUAACGGUUAUUAGCCAAGAAUUCGGCCUUGGUGGAUUCUCUUGAUAAGGUGAAUGGGAAAUUAUCAUGAGUAGCUACGUCUCUUUUCUUGGCAUCUUGUAAUUGCUCUUCCGACGGCGUGGUAGAUAAGUCAGUUUCAUGAUCGUGUUCCAUUUGAUACUGUAAAAUAUUUCUCUUUCCCAUAGUUGAAAUCGUGCUGGAUAUGUAGCGUGUACUGAAAGAUACAACAGGAGUAGUAAUAAGUCUGGGUUUUCUGUACCACAAAGUUGGUGCAAACCGAAAGGAAAUCAACGGUAGUUUAUAAAUAGUGCAAGGGGAUGUUUAGGAUUAGUAUAUCAGACACUUCUGGGUUUCAACUGACGACAAAAGUGGUGCGUGAAUCAACGUGUGUGUUAUCGGUAGUAAUGCCAAAAAAAGAAAUACUGCGAAAAAUAGCAAGGGGGAGCGGGGAGCUUUCUUAUCGGGCGAUAUUAAUUCGCAACUGACUGUUUAAUAACCGAUAUUAUUGUUCGGAUAUGUAGGAGCAACCUAAUAGUAUAAUACUG